AUGACACUAAGAAACCUGCACCGAAAGUCGGUUAAUGUUAAUCACCGCCGUUCUAUAAUUCUUCUAUUCAUUUUGCUGUCGCUUUCCGGUUUCAAAAAUCGCAAAGGUGGUGAUCGAUUUCCUAACUGUAUAAAAUCGACGGAUUUAUCCUCCUAUGAUGUUGACUUUCUUGUGGAUCUUCUGACUGUACUUAUUAAAGUUCCUCGUCCAUCCAACGUUUACCUCAAUGAUUGUACAAAGAAUAUUGCGAAGUUUCUUAAUAAAAACUCUGUUGUUGUUGAUCAUAAAGAAGAGUUAGUGUAUCUUUCAACUUUGUUGGCCCCAUAUCAACCAGCCAUCCUUGAAGACGCUAUGAAUGAUGGCCACCUUUUAUCAAAAGUUGGCGGUUAUUUACGAAGGCUGCUUACCAAUGAGGUGUUUCAGGAUUGUCCGCUUCAUCGAUUCUUAGUGAGCUCAUGGUACAGCCAAAUGGAAGAUCUCUUUAACGAGUCGAAGACUUAUCCUCCUAAUAAAGUCCUUACACCAUUAUCAACUUGUCAAAAAAAUCCUCUCCUUCAUUCUGCAUUUCGCGAUCUCCUACCUCCUACAUUCAUCGAUAAUCUCUGGAAUUAUUCAAUCAACCUACUUUUACAGAACCAAUUUGAUAAUGUUUUUAAAAACUGUUGGCUCCUUUUCAAUCGCUAUUGUCAUUUGCAAGAAGAUGCACGAAAAAGGGAACAGUUGCAAUUCCUCCUCGCCCAAAUCUGCAAUCGGCCGCAUAUUCUUGCAGAAUUCUCAGUCCUAAUGGAUAGUGUAUUCUCAUUGUAUUCCAACCUUCCUUCUAUCACCCGCACAGAGGGACUUGGUAUAUUUCAACAGAUCUAUCGUCUUGCUCACGAAGAGUGCUCUCGUCUAAAGUCUAGCGGGGGGUGCCUUUCCUACUCCUUCCUUCUCUUGCGCAUUUAUCAAUCCCCUUUCCUGAAUGAGGCGGUCGCUUCACAGCUGCUAAAAUUGCAAAAACUUGUCUCCGAACAGAUAGCUGAAGAGCCCUCAUUAGUAGCUAAUGAGACGAUUAUCGAAAUGCUUCGUGGUUUCUUCAUCACACCCUUGCUGGAACCGCAAGUUUGUGAUAUAUUCUCGCCCCAGAUUUUCGCGCAAAUAUUGGACCUAGUAACCAGCCUUCAGAUCGAAAAAGCGUCGAUCGGCGCAGAGCAAAUCUUUCCGAGUACACUAAAGGCUGUCUUAUUGGCGUGUUUACUCCGAUGCCUUAAUUGCCAGGCUGUAGUGGAGCACCUGAGGACCACAGAAACCUUUCUUCUCACUAUGGAAACGUGUGCCGAUCUGGGCUCUGCGGAGUGGGAAGAAGAUCCGUUUAUUCGAAGGAGAAUUGUAGAAUGUUGGGAUAUUUUUUCAAAAAAUGCGGAAGAACAGCAAAAUUUACCGGAAAAGAGGAACCUUUUGGAGCGCCUAAGACCCCAUUUCAGCUUGCGAGCACCAGUUCAAAUUGACCACAGUGUUUGUCCCUCAUGCGGGGAAUGCAUCCACAGUCUGCUAGAAGACAUUGUUCUUUCCAGUCAGACGGUUGGGGAUUUGGAUUGUGUUGGGGAUUGA